UUAAUAUUGAUUUGUUACCCGAUUUGAUGAUCAAGCUUUCAACACCAGUAAAGACUUUGAACAGUUACCACAUUGUACCAGUUUGGUUGUUAUUUCGACAAAUUGUGAAAUGUCUGAUAUAUUAUGUAAGAAUGAACUAUCCAAUGUUUAUAUAGGUAAAAAAUGACAAUCAACAAAACCAAACUACCUGUCCUAAUCAUUUGUGUAUUGAUUUGUUACAUGAUCAAUCGUUGAACACCAGAAGAGACCUUGAACAGAACGAAGUGUGGUUGUUAUGUCAACAUAUUGUGAAAUGCCUGACAGUUGAACGUCAUGUUUAAAAUUAGAUUGAACUUAUCCAAUGAAAGCGACUUUGAUCAGAUGGAAAAUUUGGUUGUUAUUUCAACAUGUUGUGAAAUGCCUGGUUGUUGAACGUCAUGGUUAAAAUUAGAAUUAGACCUUGAACAGAUGGACAAUUGGUUAUUAUUUCAACAUGUUGUGAAAUGCCUGAUAGUUGAACGUCAUGGUUAAAAUUAGAAUGAAUUAUCCAAUGAAAUGAGUUCAACCAAUGAACAUUGGUAAACGGUUGGCUGUUACAACCGAUCAAAUACAUAAUUUCUAAAUUUAGACAUAUACUUAAAUUCAGCAGUUUAAAGUGUAGGGCUUAUUUUAUUCAUUUGGAACAUAACAGAGAGGAGGGCAGAUUAUUUCUACUCUACUCUUGUGAUCUAAACUAACAAUUGAACCAAAAGUUGAAGAUGGCACGUACAAAGCAAACAGCGCGGACAUCUACGGGCGGAAAAGCUCCAAGAAAACAAUUAGCCACCAAAGCGGCAAAGAAAAGUACACCAACAUCGACAUUCAUAAAAAAGACCACAUUGAUGGGUAAAGGCGGAAAAAAGCUUACAGAGACAACCACAGCUCUAUCUUUUGAACAUGUGCAAUGUAAAAGAGGAACAGGUGUACGGGAAGCACAAUUAACCGUAGUAACAAAAGCAAAAGGUAAAAAAUACAUGUGUGGUAAAGGUGGAAAAGGUAUAGGAAAAGGAUCAUCUGCCAUGGUUACAAAAGGAAAAGGUACAGAAUCGUAUUCUUAUAUUAGUAAGGGUAAAGGCGGAAAAGGUAUCAAGGAGACAACGAAAACAACUACAGCUCUACCUUUUAAAUAUGGGCGUGGUAAAGGUGGAAAAGGUUUAGGAAAAGGAUCACUUGCCAUGGUCACAAAAGGAAAAGGUACAGAACCGUAUACUGAUCUUGGUAAGGGUAAAGGCGGAAAAGGUUUCGCGGAUUUUUCCAAAGGAGGAAAGCGAAAAUAUCCAUCACCAUCAUCCAAGAAAGGUUCAAAGAAAUCCAAAAGUUCUGAUUACAAAGAAUCAUCUGACAGUGAGGAAGAAGAUCAAGUUGUUGUUGAUGAUAAUUUGAAGGAUGCCAUCCUUUCAAGUUUCGAAACAGAUGGAAAGAACGUUGAAGUAGUUUUUUCUUUUGACACAACCGGCAGUAUGAGUCAGUACCUAAUGAAGGUCAGGACUAAUUUAAAAGAAACAUGUCAGCGACUUUUAAGAGAUAUACCAAAUAUAAGAAUUGGAAUAAUAGCACACGGCGAUUUUUGUGAUAACCACAACUACGUCAUCAAAAUCCAGGAUUUUACGUCAGAUGUACAAAAACUAGUCAACUUUGCAGCGGGAACUCCCGCAACAGGAGGUGGUGAUGCUCCUGAGUGCUACGAGUUGGUGCUGCAUAAAGCACAGAAACUCGAUUGGACAGAAGACUCUGCCAAGGCUCUGGUUGUGAUUGGAGACUGUGAACCGCAUCCACCAUCCUAUACCGACCAGAAGAUUAACUGGCACGAAGAGCUGGACGCCUUGAAAGCAAUGGAAGUAAAGGUAUAUGGCGUAUAUUGCAAUAGUGGAUAUUCAAGCCCGGCUGAAAAGUUUUAUGAAGAAUUAGCAGAGCGAACUGGUGGAUGCCUUCUAAAACUAGCUAACUUUAGUUUGAUUACAGAAAUGUUUCUGGGAGUAUGCUAUAAGGAAUCUAAUAAAGAACAAUUUCAAGCGUUCACAGAAGAACUAAAACAGGGAGGAAAACUGACUAAGGAAACAGAAGACCUCAUGAAACAACUGGAAGUUACAAAACCUGCAGAUGACAAUGUCAAUUACCUGAAAAAAUACAAUUUUGACUGGUGGGACUUUGACGGAGACCAUAAAAAAACGCCUCUUUAUUUUUAUAAUGCUGCAACUGAUACCUGGACAAACUACCACAAAGCCACAUCGCCUAUUGUUUCCACAGUUGGAGUGAAAGACGAAAAAUUUAAAACCCCUCCACAUUGGGCAGCUAUGGCAAGAAAGAACAAAAUGAUGGUGAACCUAGACCAAAAUAAAGAGAAAAUAGAAUGGGAUAAUGUCCAAAUGAAAUUUGAAAAGACCUUGCCACAAGCAACAAUUAUAUCUAUUCACAGACUACAAAACAAGUUGGUUUGGAAGAAAUACUUGACGAGAAAGACCGAAUUAGAUAACGAUUACGGUAAAGACGGAUGCAAUGAGAUUUCUUUGUUUCACGGUACAACACCUGACAGUCUUGAUAGUAUUUCGGACAAAAGUACAACAUCACGUUUAGGCCGUGGUAAAAAAGGCCGCGUGUUAGGAAAAGGAACGCAUUUCUCAGUAGAUGCUUCAUAUUCCGAUUCCUAUGCACAGCCUGAUGACGAAGAUCACAAAUACAUAUUUUUGUGUAAAGUUUUGGCGGGAAAAACGUGUCCAGGAAAGGGAAAUUAUACCAAACCUCCUCAGCAGGUUAAAGGUGGACCUUUAUAUGAUAGCUGUGUAGAUGUUAAAAAGAAUCCGAAGAUUUAUUGCAUAUUUCAAGACAGUCAGUUUUUUCCUGAAUAUCUUAUUGAAUACAUAUAACCAUGAAUGACAAUGACGUCGGAAUGUCAAAAGGGAAGGCUUCGUGCAAGAAUGAACAUACCUUCUACGAUUGUCACAUGUUUCCUGUAGAUAUUGUGUUUAUCUUCAUGUAAUCUAUAUCAUCAAACUCAUUUCAUAUUUUGCCAUUUAAAGACAACAAUAACUUUACUCGUAAACUUAAGUAAAGUAAUUUCGAUCGGUAAUUGAUGUAGCUUACUCGUGUAUGAAGCAUCUAGGCCGAAGGGAUGUAUUGUUGACACAUGCUGGAAUCACUAUGUUUGGAGUUCGUCCCGACGACUUCACUGUGAUGUUUUUCAAAAAUAAUUGUACAUGUGAUAUUUUGAUGUGAUAUUUGUUUAUCUGAUUUGUACAUACAUAAACAUGAUUAUUUGCAGGUAGUUGUAUCAAAGCAGCUAUUUAUUUAAUUUGAUGACUAAUUGUGGCAUUCAUACAUGUACAUGUACUACAUGUACCAUGCACCAAUGAAAAAUAAUAAAAAAAAUAAAAAGAAGAUAGAUAAAAUAUAGAUGAAGGAUGUAAAAGUGUUUGAUUUUAGUUAUUAAUGAAAUUUAAUUGUUGGUACUUAUCAAAUGCUUUUGUUGUUAAAACAUUUGCUUGUAAACGUAUAAAUAAAAAUCUUUUAUAGCA